AAAACCUUACAACAACAAAUCCCGGAGGAUGCUGAUGGCCAUACACCAUCAUUGUGCUUUCUGGUGACAAGAACAAAAUUGCAGGGCUAUCAGACGACCGUCGGCGAUCGCGGAACGCAGCUGUCCGGUGGACAGAAACAGCGAAUAGCGAUUGCACGUGCACUUGUCCGCGAUCCCAAGAUUCUUCUACUCGACGAGGCUACCAGCGCUUUGGACGCUGAAAGUGAAGCAGUCGUGCAAAGGGCACUAGAGAAGGCUUCUGUUGGUCGCACGACGAUUAUCAUUGCUCAUCGGCUAUCAACAAUCAAAAAUGCAGACAAGAUCAUUGCAAUGAGGGCUGGUGAAGUGGUCGAAGUCGGUACUCAUGAAGAAUUACUGUCCAACAAAGGGCUUUACUACGACCUGGUACACGCACAAACGUUCACCGAUGCAGUCGAUGAUGUCAAU